GUUAAAAAUUGUUGCUAAUCAAAGUAUCGUUAUCCUUUUGUGUUUUGUAAAAAAAAGUUGUGUACAAAUGCUAAAUUCUCAGAUCAAAUUUGAAAAUAUUUUCCAAAAUUUGUGUAAUCCUAGGCAAUGGCGAACAAUUCUACUGCGAAAAAAGUGAUGCAUGUAUCGGAGGAAAUGGCUCCAGCUGUGCAUAUUCCCAUAAUGGUGGGCAACGAGAUAUUCGUUCUCACCCAGCAGGACAUUCGUCGUGUGGAAGACAUACGGCUGCUUAGCUACAAUCGCCUAGGACCCAACGGCCAGUUUUCUCCCGUGGACACGUCUUCACCAGGUCCAAUGAAUUUUUCCCAGCCGAACACCUCGAAUUUCUGCGCUCUGGAUGAUCUCAUCCGCAAUGCCGCCGGAAAAAGGGUCCGAAUGCAGAUGGACAUCGAUGAGGAUGUGAAGCACCCUACAAAGUGUAUCAAUGAUACCUGUCCGUUCCUUCAGGAAACCUCCAACCCAGUGAAGACGGUUGCCAGUGUGUCUACUCAAUUGGGCUGGUCCAAAAAAAAGGUAGAAGCGGAGCCCCUUUUUCCACUUUGCUACAGUGCCGGCACCUCGACAUGCGGCUUAAUGACAAACACUGGAUGCCAGCACUGUCCCAGGUGCGAGACGCACCACUCGAGCUGUCAAACUCAAAACUUUGCCAAUAAACCGCCAACUGUGGAGAACGAGAUACCGCAGAAUGCGAGUUGCCAAACUCAGACUUGUCCUGGUGCAACUUCCAUUGUGAAAAAGGAGUCGCCGCCAAAGAACGCAAGUUGCCAAACUCAAAGCUGUCUCAGUGCAAAUUCCUAUAUGCAGAAAGAACCUCUAGCCUGGGCAUACCAGGCUCAACCCAUAACGAACUCCACAGGGUGCGGUACCUCACAUAGCCACCUAUUUGAAACGACCUCAGCCGGGUCAUACACAUCAGCUGAAUGUGAUUACACUUCAUCGGCGGAAAGCAAUAGUCCCUGUCGGCACUGUAAGUCACAACAGACCUGCACGGAACAGGAGCUGAUGGUACCGGUACAGCCUCAGGUUCAGUCGCCCAUACGUCCACAGGAGCAGCCUUGCACAUCAAGACAAAUCCGCGUUGAUCUCCCCCGAGAGGUUAGGCAUUGCAAUAACUUGGAGGAACCUCAUUUCUAUAGAUCAUAUCCAUUGGGUAAAACUCCAUACCCGCGAUCUCCAGUCUCCAACCAAAUAAGAAAAAAAACAUACGGGUUGACCGGAUACAUUGGGCCCAAUUCUAAUCACGAAAUGCUACAGCAGGAGCAGAAGUGAUGCCAUAG